AUGGCUCAAGGUAACCUAAAGCUUUCUAAAAAGAAGGCAGCACGUGUGACUAAACACCAGAAAAACCCAAAGGCGGCAGCGCCAAAGAUCUACAAAUCCAAGCACGUUUCCACAAAGGAGAAACAAGUUCAAAAACUUACAAAGCAACACCAGGCAAAAUUGAUCAGCAGUACGGAAAAGCUAAUCAGCAGUAGGGUUGGUCAUCUAGAGUUGUUGAAAGGCGACCGUAGGACACUUGAAAAGGAGGAGCGUUUAAGAGAACAGGCCAAGGCAACAAAGGCCAAGGCAGCAAGCGGUAAAUAA